AUGGGCUGCACCGUGAGCGCCGAGGACAAGGCGGCCGCCGAGCGCUCCCGCAUGAUCGACAAGAACCUGCGGGAGGAUGGCGAGAAGGCGGCGCGGGAGGUGAAGCUGCUGCUGCUGGGUGCUGGCGAGUCUGGGAAGAGCACCAUUGUCAAACAGAUGAAGAUCAUCCAUGAGGACGGCUACUCGGAGGAGGAGUGCCGGCAGUACAAAGCCGUGGUCUACAGUAACACCAUCCAGUCCAUCAUGGCCAUCAUCAAGGCAAUGGGGAACCUGCAGAUUGACUUUGGAGACUCCUCCAGAGCGGAUGAUGCCCGGCAGCUGUUUGCGCUCUCCUGCACCGCUGAGGAGCAGGGCAUCAUGCCGGAGGACCUGGCCAACGUGAUCCGGAGGCUGUGGGCUGACAAUGGGGUCCAGGCUUGUUUUAACCGCUCCCGAGAGUACCAGCUGAACGACUCUGCUGCCUACUACCUGAACGACCUGGAGAGGAUAGCCCGGGCCGACUACAUCCCCACCCAGCAGGAUGUGCUGCGCACCAGAGUGAAGACCACUGGCAUCGUAGAGACCCACUUCACCUUCAAGGACCUGCACUUCAAGAUGUUUGACGUGGGCGGCCAGCGCUCAGAGCGGAAGAAGUGGAUCCACUGCUUCGAGGGGGUGACGGCCAUCAUUUUCUGCGUGGCCCUGAGCGCCUACGACCUGGUGCUGGCUGAAGACGAGGAGAUGAACCGGAUGCACGAGAGCAUGAAGCUGUUCGACAGCAUCUGCAACAACAAGUGGUUCACGGACACGUCCAUCAUCCUCUUCCUCAACAAGAAGGACCUCUUCGAGGAGAAGAUCGUGCACAGCCCCCUGACCAUCUGCUUCCCUGAGUACACAGGGGCCAACAAGUAUGACGAGGCAGCCGGCUACAUCCAGAGCAAGUUUGAGGACCUGAACAAGCGGAAGGACACCAAGGAGAUCUACACCCACUUCACCUGCGCCACCGACACCAAAAAUGUGCAGUUCGUCUUUGAUGCCGUCACUGAUGUCAUCAUCAAAAACAACCUGAAGGACUGCGGGCUCUUCUGAGGGCCGGCGCUGCCCAGGACCCCCAGCCGCGCCGGCGAAGGAAGGACCACGCCAUGUCCCUCCCCAGCUUUUCUUCGGAUUCAUCCCUCCACCCCAUAAAGAGACUUUUUUGGUGCCAGUGCGGUGGCAGGGCCCAUGUCCCCUCCCUCUGCCCCCACUCACCCCCCGCCAUCCCCCUCCUCCUUGCCCGUGUCACCCUUUCUGCCUUCGUGGGGAAAAUGAGGUUUUAAUCUUGGUUUUUUAACCCCUGAACCCCUCCAGCCCCACCCCGUUCAUUCACUCCCAAGCCCCGGCGCUCUCACUGUUUACAUUGCAAGUGUUGCUGGCUCGGGAGGGACGCGGGGGUCCCCUCGGGGAUGCCCACCCGGCCGAAAACACGACCGACAACAUUCCUUUUAGUAAACCAGAAAAAAAAAAAAAAGAAAAAAAAA